AUGCAGCUGUUCCUGAAAGGCACUGCCAACCAUUCAGCUGUCAUUGACAUCACUGCACUUACAGUCACACAAAAGCCUUUGUUCCUCUCUGAUUUACAGACUUUUUUCAAUGGCAACGAACAUUUGUGGGCUGUUACCGAUCAAAUUCACCGCGAAUACAAUCGUCUGUAUGCAGAAAUUGUAGUCUCUCCCCUGUACUACAACCGAUCUAAGAAUGAUCCUGUCCUCAUUCUUCCCUCCUUCGACGUGCCAUUUGCCAUCUAUCCCACCCUACCCCCCUCUGCCAAGAUCUUGAAAAUCUCUCUUUCCAGACUGGCUCAGCUCCAUGCUGAUAUGACCAACAACUUCAGCCAAUUUGGCGCAAUUGUCGACUGUGGCUAUGUCACUGGUAGCAGUGGCCUGUACGCCGGCGGUGGCUAUGCCGUUCUAGCACUAUCCCCACCUAAUUCCACCCACUCCUCUGUAAAACUCUCCCAUUCACUGAACUGGUCCUACCAGCCUCUCAACUACUCCUCGGAUACUGGUACCCUCUCCUCUGACUUUGACCAUGUCAGUAUUUUUGCAACAUGGGCUGCCAUGCCUCCUUUCUGCCGAUACUGUCACUUGGAUAAACACGCCCUGAUUGAUUGCGAUUUACGCAAAAAAGCUACCAUGUGUUGCCUAUGCAACGAUGGAGGUCACAUAGCCAAGUCUUGUCCCCGCAAGAAUGAAUCUUCUGUAACCCCACAGAAACACCGUAAGAUUCCGGCCGUACAAGAGACACCUCAACCCUCAACACCCUCUUCUUCUAUCGUUGUGCCUCCUCUUCCCUCAUCCUCUUCCACUAAUGUUCCGACAACUACAGGCCGUGUCAAACGCAUUCAAGGUUCUCUAGAGCGAUCUGUGACAUGCUCUCAGGCCUCUCUUGUAGUACCUAAUGCUCCGCACAAUCCUAACCCCAUCAAGGAACACAAGUUACCUUUGCCUUAUCUGCUUGCACUUCAAGAAACGCAUGCAACCUCGACAUUGCAAGACACCUUUCACUCCCAAUUUCAGGCCAAAACUCGCUUCUGGUCCGUUCACUGCGGUCUCGUCUCAUUCUCCUCUGAUAUCAUUCUUAGCAACUCGUUUACUAGUCCUUGUGGCCGCAUUAUUUCCAGCACUGUCUCUCAUACAAAUUCUCCUUCUUGUCCUCUCUCUGCACUUAACUUCCAUCCAUAUUUCCUUCCUCUCCAUGCCGUACAGUCAUAUUGGGUGAUUUCAACUACACUUAUUCUCCUGCUUCCCCAAGGGUUCGGCAGGCGCCUCACAAUUGGCUCAAGUACAUCAAUGAGUUCUUUACUGAUGGGAUCACCCCACCUGAACAGAUUUCCAAUACGACUUUCUAUUGAGGACUAUCCCAAUCGUGUAUUGAUUAUCUGUUUGUCUCCUCUGAUAUGGCUUCUUCCAUCCACUUUGAUCACAGUAGAACAACUUAUGUCCAACCAGCUUGGUCUGAUCAUUUUCUAUUGUCUGCUCAAUUACAAUUAUCCCCAGCCACGCAUGCUUCCUUGUCGGUCAAUGUGGUCGGAAAGAGGUUGUGGUGUGCCCACCCUUGGUUGUUGCGUUCACAACUUUGCUCCAGGACUAUAUCCUGCCACCAAAUGGGAAGCACUUAAGGCUACUACCGCAAAAGUGGCUAGAGCAUUUAGUCAACAUCAUGCCUUUACUCUCUCUCAUGCAGAAGAUCUUCUUCAUCGAAAACAUGUGGGUAUCACCAAAAAGCUAGUGACUGAUCCUUCACUUUUACCUGUCCUCUCUCCGCAAUUGCUCAUUGUUGAGCACCAACUCUCACAACUGCAGCAAUACCAUGUGGAAUACCUGGCACUACGUUCUGGUCUACGGUGGUGUGAACUUGGAGAAUCCUCAUCUGGAUAUCUGAAACAAUCUAUUGCUUCUUGGGCCUCUCAAAAAAUGAUCCCUCCUCUGUGGAAUCCGGCAACCUCUUCUAUCUGCACAUCUCAAGAAGAAAUGCUAGAGACUACCACUCAAUUUUAUUCUGAUCUUUACUCACCCAAUGAUGUUGACCAGGCUGCAAUUGACAACCUUUUGAACGUCCUUCCCACACACAUCCACAUCUCCUCGUCUGCAGCAGAAUCUCUGGUUGCACCCAUUACGUACAACGAUUUGCUGGAUGCUUUUUCGCAAUCCCCUCAAAAAUCCUCUUCUGGCAUGGAUAGUCUCCCAUACGAACUGGUUCGACUGGUGGUUACAGAUCUGGCUUGUCAUGAUAUUGCGGUUGAACUUGCUUGCCACGCUCUCAGGGCGGACUUGGUCUGCUGUAUCCAGAAUUGCAACAAGGUGCUCUACAAUUGCGUUGGCUUGGUCCCAUCCUCUCAACUUCUUCACCGCAAAUAUGGUCUUGUCGGUCCUUUUCACGUUCCAUUAUCCUUCCCUGUCUGCUUUCCUUUUUACAGCACCAUCUCCAACAUCACAGCAAUGGCUAUGGCUGUGACCCCAAAGAUCUGGAUCACCAGUUGCUCUUCUUGUUCCCACAACGUUGUCCUCUCAUACUCCGAACUGGACAAAGCUCCCUGUCCCUACUCCUUCAUGCCUUGGAACAAUUGCCACAUACAUUUGUGGGAAUGCAUUGUUUACCCGACGUUGUCACGUAAGGUCCAAGCUCUUGUCAGUGACCGUGAUACUACCGUGUCCUCUUUCUUUACACACGUCUUUACAGCUCCCUCUAGUGGAACUUUCAUCACCCCUUCUCCCACCGCAAUAUUUGAUCACACCUUCAUCAACCUCGCCCUUACUUCUCUUGUCCUUCCUGAUAAAUCUUGUCCCAAUGCUAUGUUUGCAAUAGCAGCUGCCCUUGAAGCUAUUUGGCGCUCACAUUGGGCUUUCAUCUUCAAUGAUACCCCCUUCCAUGCCAGCCAAGUGGAAUAUCUUAUUGACAAACUCUUCCUCAAAGCACGGCAGGAAUCUUUUCUCACUGGAAAAAAGUAG